UUGUGUUAUAAUUUUUUCAAGAAGAUGGCUCCACUGCUGAAAUGCAGCCUUUAUAUUCUGCUGACGUUUGUCCUAACGCUUGUCCAUGUGAGGGCAAAAGGAAAUGGGCCACUGUUGCAGAGACAGAAGAGAGAAUGGACCGCAGCUCCCCUGCAUCUAUUCGAGAACCAGGAUUACACCGGCUUGGCCAGUAUUGCUAAAAUUCACUCUGAUAAGUCGAACUUUACAAAGAUCACAUAUUUUAUAACGGGCCCUGGUGCACCCCCUGAAGGCAUAUUUGAUAUCGACCAUGACACCGGCUUUGUGAAAAUCUAUUCCAGACUGGACCGAGAGAAGAUCCCCGUCUAUAAUUUAAAAGGUGUGGCAAAAUUCUGCAAUGGAAGCCGUGCUGAAAAGGAUAUUGACCUCACAAUUGUUGUUUUGGAUGAGAAUGACUGUACACCAGUCAUUCAAGUACAGCAAGUCGGAUAUGUUAAUGAAUCAAGUGCAGCAGAUACUUUUGUGAUGAAAGUGAUCGCUACUGAUGAUGAUGAAGAGGGCUCACUAUUCUCUCAGAUCGCCUACAGUGUGGAGCAGAGUACCACAGCUGGGAUGUUCUACAUCAAAUCUCAGACUGGAGAGGUCAUGGUUCGACGAAACACUCUAGAUAGGGAGAAACAAGAUACAUAUAAGUUGACUAUAAGAGCCUCAGAUUUGAAUGGAAAGGCGAGAGGAAACACAGGAACUGGAGAAAUUCUGAUCAAAGUACUGGACAUAAAUGACAAUAUUCCAACCUUGGAAAAAGAGUCGUAUGAAGGUAGUGUGGAGGAGAACACCAUCAAUAGGGAAGUGAUGAGGAUCAAAGCCGUUGACAUGGAUCUGAUUCACACUGACAACUGGCUGGCUGUCUUCAAAAUAAUUUCAGGGAACGAGGCAGGAUAUUUCAGUAUCACUACUGAUUCUAAGACCAAUGAGGGGAUUAUCUGGAUUCAUAAGUCCUUGGACUAUGAGGAACUAAAGGUGGUCAACUUGGAAGUGACUGUUUCCAACAAAGCAGAGUACAAUUUUGGCAGUGGGUCCAUGACAGGGGCCACAAUCACAAAAUCCUACCCCAUUAAAAUCAAUGUGGUCAAUCAGAAGGAAGGCCCCCGUUUCCAACCAAGUGUCAAAGUGGUGACUGUCUCUGAGGACCACACUUCCACCUCCCUCCACAAAGUCAUCGCCACCUAUUCUGCUAUUGACAGUGACACGCUACAGACAGCCACCAACGUAAGAUAUGCCAAAAUCCGCGAUGAUGACCACUGGUUGAUUAUUGAUGAAAAGACAGCAGAUAUCAGGCUGAGUAAACUGCCUGACAGAGAGUCCAAGUUCUUGAUCAAUGGAACAUAUUAUGCAAAUAUUAUAUGCAUCACCAAUGAGAUGCCCUCAAAAACUGCCACGGGGACCAUAGCCAUUCAGGUGGAGGACUUUAAUGAUCACUGUCCUAAACUAACCGCUACAUCUCAGACCAUGUGCCUCGGUGAUAAUGUCAUUUACGCCACAGCCAAAGACGAAGAUGAGUUCCCCAAUGCAGCACCAUUUGAGUUCACUGUGAUUCAGGGGAGCAGCAACGGGAAAUGGAAAGUGGAGCAUCUUAAUAAAACCACAGCCAUUCUGCGGGACCAAGGCAACUUGUGGCCAGGGAAUUACAAAGUAGCAGUGGAGGUCAAAGACCAGCAGGGAAAGUCAUGUGCUGAUGUUCAGAUGAUGGACGUAGUUGUGUGUACUUGUGAUGAAAACAUUAAAACCUGUGUGCCGCGCAGCACAAGGACUACAGGUUUUGGAGCUUCAGGUAUCUUGCUUCUGCUCCAGGGACUGCUGCUUCUGCUGUCAGUGUCCCUUUUGCUGCUGUACCGCCUGUUUGGAGGUGCAGCAGCUGUUGGAGAUUUCCAGGCCAUUCCAUUUGAUACGAUACAACAGCUGAUCUCAUAUCACACUGAGGGACAGGGAAAAGACAAGGAUGUUCCUCUUCUACAUUUCCCAGUGGAAGUUGAUGGUGUGGGAAAGGGGUACUUAGGAGGACUGGCUGAAAUAGGAGGAGGAGCAGCAGUUGGUGGAGCAGCCUUAGGUGCCAUCAACACAUCAAGCUUGACAGCUGGGACAUCUAUGUCUGAUGAGUUCCUGUGGCAUUAUUAUUCAAGUAAAUCCAGACAUGCUGCACAGAAGUUCCUGCAGAAAGACGUUUUGCUCAUCUAUGACUAUGAGGGUCAGGAGUCCCGGGCAGGUUCUGUAGGUUGCUGCAGCCUUCUUGAGAAUGAUGAUGACCUUGCAUUCCUCGAUGACCUUGGGCCUAAAUUCAAAACCCUUGCUGAGAUUUGUCAUGGGUCAACUUUGGUGACCGGGUCUGUGGAUGCAGACCAGUGUCUCCUAUGAGGCCCUCCACCUCCACCCACACAGAUGUCCCUACACACAUAGAUACAAUCAGGGACAGGGACCACAUAAACACCAACACCCUCAACACCUCCAAUGUAGCAUCUGGAUCCUCCACCGUCAUCCAGGGUUCAGCCACUGUUCCAAAGGUACAUGUCCAAGACAAGAUUAUGAUUCCCAGUCAGACGCUGCUUAUACAGCAGCCUGUUAUGUACUAUGCAGCCACGCCCAUGUAUGUAGUUGAGCCCAAGCCCAAAAUGAUGUUUGUGGCAGGUGGCACCCAGUAGACAGUGAGUCAAGCUGGCCAAGUUGGGCUUAGUCAGGGGCUGGUUCAGGAUGGUGGCCUCCAAGGUACUCAGAGUGUGGUCCUUGUAGAUAGGCAAGUGGGAAUGGAUGGAUCGACAGGACAGGUAGCACAAGGCCUUUCGCAUUGUUUUAAUUAUUGUUGAAAACAACAAACAACACAAACUGUCAUUUGAAAGCACCACUCUCAUGCUGGGCUCUAGUAGCAAUAAUAAUGUUUUCUGUGACCUUUUGAAAAAUAUAUAGGAAUAUCAUGGAUUAAUUGUCUGGCCCCCGAUUGAUGUCUAUAUGACCUGGCUGCCUGUGCCAGGACAGAAAGACAUGUAUUGGAUGUUGUGUGUAAAGAAUAGGCCAACAUAAAAUCACAGUAUGAACAAUCAGGUUGACAAGAUUAUAGCUAGUUUGUAAACAAUAAGGAUCCAGGAGGAUGUCACUGUCGGAUAGUCAACACAAGAGUUGAUUGUGAUAAGGUAACAUACAGACAUGGACAAAUAAAAGGAAACAGAUAGAAAUAAAUCAAAUGCAGAUGCUUGGUACAUCUGGGCUAACUGAUUUGGUGAGGAUGAAAAUUAUGUAAAUAGAAAUAUAGCCUUUAGUCACCAGAUCUCAACCCAGUUUCACACCUGUGGAAGAUUUUGGAGCAACAUUUAAGACAAUGCUCUCUACCACCAACGCCAUGAGAUAAACUUGUAUGUUCAGAUCUAUAUUAUGUUUAUGUCACCUCGCACUGAUGUGAGAUUUUUGUAAUGUCUGAAAAUGUCUGUGUUCCUGUUUAUCUGCAAUACUUGAAAAUAGUGUGGUUAGCAUUGAAAAGUGGUUAAAAACAUACUGAGAAAUGUCUGUGUGCAAGUAACUCAUUAAUUAUCAAACCAUACUAUUAUAUACAAAUGUCAUUGUCAUUUAUUAUGCAGAAAAUGCAACAUAAUGAUCAUUAGUUAUUAUUGUAAGAAAAGCAGAUAAAGUUUAAGUUUCAGGCGGCAACCAAUAGGUAAGGAGGAGGAUAAUGAUGAGGACCUAAACCACUGCUUCCAGCCAAUCAGAAGCAGAAGGAAAUGGUCGUUAGCAUCAGCUGAAAUUUUGGUGCUGGAGUAAGGUUAAAAUAAUUAAAGUUUUACAUUUAUUACUCUAUGGCUAAACAUUCUUGACAACAAACUAACAUUAGUCCCGUUUGACUUUGUGCCGAACGUGGCUAAUGUCGAACGUGUGUUAUGUCACACAGGUGUGAAAAUUGUGAGAGGAUAUCCAGGACACAUGAAAGGUGAUUUGAUGCCAAUAUAUUCAUAAAUGAGCAAGCUAUUGAAAUUAUUCACUUGUAAUGUGCAUAAUUAAGAAUUUAAUUUAUUUAUUUUCAUGUUUGUUUACAAACGUACAGGUGUGAAAUGUUUGAGGGUGGUCACUAGUUAUAAUAGAGGUGGUUUGAGAUUUUUAUGUUGAAAAACAAAAACGUUAUUGAAGAUUGAAAUGGACGUGUUUGCAAUUUGCAGACGGUCCCUAACUCCCCCUACAGCGACAGGCGCAUUUGACAGACAUUGCGCUCUGGACCGCAUCGUUAUCAGUGAUUUCGAGGUGAUCAGAACUGUGAAACUUCUGCCUGAAUUAGCUCUCCAAUAUAUCCCAAAACUGGGAGAAAUAGAGAUUUUGACACGGAGCGAUUGAAGGUAACAGGCACAGCAAACCUUACCUAAGUUGACGGCAGCUACGCUCGUUAGUGUUAAGUAGGUGGUCCAGUAAAACCUUUGCAAGUAAAAAAGUCAAUACUUAAUCAAUACACCUGUUUAGCAUAAACAUCUAGAACACGAUAUUUUAAUGUGCUCAGUCUCUCAUCCACCGCAGCUGUGUUUUGGUUUUACACAAACACAGCGAUGAUUCGGCUAAUAGCUGAUUGUUACAAACUAAAGUUAAAGAUUUCAGUCUUUAGUUUACCCCGUACAUUAAAAUAUGGCACAUUUAAACUCAGCUUAUGGCUAAACCAGCUCCUGUCUUAUCAUCAGCAAGCAGAGAAGGAGAGAGGUAAAAAUGAGUUCAUCAUUCUUUCCAAACUUCACUUCACUUAUGUAGAUCUCAGGAAUAUGAUUUAUUUUUAUGAAAUUUUAGAUUUGUUUCCAGUGAGAUAUUAGUGACAGAGUGUUUGAGAGUUUUUUUAUUUUUUUUAACUUUUCUUAGGUAAGGUAGGAUGAGUGGGGAAUUGUUUUCUCUCUUGCAACGACUGUACAGGGUUUCCACUCAGAAACUGAUGAGGUGGUAGCACCAUAUUUUAAGAUGUUCAAUGGACUUAAGUAACAUUCUGUGCUGCACUUUCGUGAAACAUGGCCAGCUCUUUUCCAGGAAAAUCAGGAAAUUUACAUAAAGUGCACAUAUUUAGAGCUAUGUAAUUAGGUUGAUUUGAUUGUUAAUUGUUGUACUUUUCAUAAUGUGUUUUCUCACACACAUCAUUUGCUAGCUGUCCAGAGAGAUGUAAGGAGAACUGGGCUGAAGUGCCCAGAAGAUCUUUUCUCCAUUGUAAAAAGCAUACUCAGGUAAAUUAUUAGAAUGUCCUGAGCAGAUCCUAAGGAUCAGUAUAGGGGCAUAUUCAAGCACAUUUCCAUCAGUAUAAAAGAGUAGAAAUAACCCUUUUCAAAAUCUGAUGUUUUCUUUUACUGUACUCAAUGUUAUUUUUUUAUCCACCUCAACCUGCUAGCAUUACAGUGCUACUCUACUUUAUAACAGCCUACAGUGAAACGAUUGUGCUUGGAAAUGCAAGUAAAAAUUAAGAUUGUGUGAAUGUGAAAAAUUAUUUCAGGACACUGGUGCAAGUGACUGACGCCUGGGGUUGGCAAAACAUGGAUAGUAACUAACUAGUCUUUUUUUUUUCCAGCAAAGGGCAGUAAACCAAACACUCAACUAGUAGCUUCAGUAGAUUGAUAGUUCUUGAUUUCAAAACAUGUAUGCAUGCCGAAAUGGCUCUAAUGUUUAGUUACUUACACUUUUUGGUAACGCUAAAUGUAGCCAUUUCUGUUACUGAGGGGUGUGUGUGUGUGUGUGUGUGUGUGUAAUUUAAUCAAAGUUAUAGCACUGAAUUUGUUGUAGUGUUUGGAGAAUAUGGGUGAAAACAGUUUGUAUACUUAAAAUAGAUUAGGGUUCCAAACACCAAUAUAUACAUUUAACAACUUGAUAACUUGUGUUACGUAUAUGAAAUAUGAUUUGAUGUUAUUAAAACACAAAAAUAUUUUAUCAUUUGGUUGAAAAUGUUGUGUUGAGUCAGGUUCAUGUGACAAUUAUUUUGUGUCAGGUGAAACUUUUAAAGGUUUCCUUUUUUGUUGUUUUUAUGUUGCACAAGCGAAUUGGGGUUUACAGUGUACUGUAUGUGUGUGUGUAUGUACAGACACAUACACACAACAGGAGUGCAUUGACUAAAUGCCACCAUUCCAUGUAGCAUGUAGGCCACAUCUGGGCCAGAAUAAAAAUGGAAUCAAAUC